AUGGAUUCACGGUUCUUUGACCGUCAAUUGAAGGAUGUUCGAUAUUCACCCUAUAAUCUAAUAUCAAUUGAUUCACACGGUCAUGGAGAAACAACAGGUCGGGGCGAAGACUUUACCUUCUGGGACACUGCUUCAGAUUCACUACAACUUCUCACUAAACUUGGUCUGGAUCAGUUCUAUGUACUUGGAACUACACAAGGAGGUUGUAUAGCCUUACGAAUGGCUCUACUCGAACCUCAACGAGUCAAAGGAUUAAUUUUGCUUGGAACUACGGUCUACAGUGCAACAGAACAAACUAAAGCCAAUGCUCGAAAGUCCCGUGAUAAAUGGUGUGAAACAAAGAUUCCUUCGGACGAAGCAAUAGUUGCUAGAACAGCAUCUUUUGGUGGUCCAACACGUGUAGACGAAAAAGUCUACGAAAAACUUAAGGAAAUGUGGAUCAAACGAUAUGCUGGUCCCGAAGGUUAUGAUCCAGUACUCAAUUGUCUCCUUAACCGCGAUGCAAUCGAUGAUAAACUCGGCCAAAUCAACGUCCCAGCGUUGGUUCUACACGGAGCGGAUGAUCGUGUGUUUCCAGCGCAAGAUGCAAAAGAGUGGAGUUCAAAACUGCCUAAACUAUGGAAAUUUGAGAUCAUAGAAAGAGGCGUUCAUCAUCUUUCAUUAACAGAGCCUGGCGACGAAGUUGCUGCUCAAUUAAUUCCACAAUUCAUAACAGAAACAUUGUAG